AUGCACAUUCUCCCCAAGCUGGCAAUCACAGCCUUACUCCUCAUCUCACCAGCAACGUGCCUCUCAAGCCCCAAACCACCAGGCAAAGACGCCAUCCUACUAUCAAACGUGCAAACCCUCACACUCCGCGCCCACCGCAUGACCACCGCACGGCGCGUCUCACCAAUCCCCCAACUCAGCUGCGCAGGCCCCUCAAAACAAACAUGUAACCUCUACCAACCAGAAACAAUGCGCUGCACAAACCAAGGCUACGACUACGAUGUCGAAGACGUGCAGUGGACAUGCACCGCAGACAUGCCGGCAGAGUUCAAGCUCGGCGCAACAGAUGUCAUCUGCGAGGGAUACCGCAAUGCCGAUGAUAAGUGGGUGUUGAAGGGGAGCUGUGGGGUUGAGUACCGGCUGCUCUUGACCGAGGCUGGCGAGAAGAGGUUUGGGAAAAGAAACGUGGAUUCGGAGUGGGGCGGAAGCCAGUCCGGGACUGGGAUUCAGAAGAUCAUGGAGAUGCUGGGGAAUUUGAUUUUCUUUGGAUUCAUCGCUGCUGUUUUCAUUCUGAUCUUCUUGCCUAUCUUGGCGCAGUGUUUCGGGUGGGGGAAUCGGCGAGGCGGGCGGGCGGGGCAGCCACCGGGGUGGGGCGGGUUCUGGGGAGGUGGUGGUGGUGGACCUGGCGGAAAUGACCCUCCGCCUCCGUACAGCAGUUUCGAUCCUUAUAAAUCUUCUGCUCGUCAGGGCUGGACGCCGGGUUUCUGGACUGGUGCGCUAGGCGGUGGCGCGGCUGGUUAUCAGAUGGGCAGACGGGCUUACAGUGGAUCGCGCGGCAGGUCUGAUGGAUAUGACCCCGGUGAAGGCAGCUCGCGCUCGCCGCAGUUCUCAUCUACCACUGCUAGUACUGGGUUCGGGUCGACGAGGCGUAGGUGA